UAUCAUUAUAAAGCUCAGAGUUCCGCUGUCUCUUUCCACCUUCAGCCAUUUUAACCAUGCUAGGAGCUCUGGGACGCUGCUGCACCGGGGCUCUGCAGGCUCUGAAGCCUGGGGCCCAGCCCCUGAAAGCCCUUGUUGGAUCCCCCGCUGUCCUCUCACGCCGAAACUAUGUUGCCCCUGCCGCCGCCGCAGCUACAGCCAGUGGGAAGAUCGUGGCUGUCAUUGGGGCCGUGGUCGACGUCCAGUUCGAUGAGGGCCUUCCUCCCAUCCUCAACGCUCUGGAGGUCGCUGGCCGUGACUCCAGGCUUGUCCUAGAGGUGGCUCAGCAUCUUGGGGAGAACACUGUGCGAACCAUUGCCAUGGAUGGUACUGAGGGUUUGGUUCGUGGGCAGCAAGUCCUGGACACUGGGGCUCCUAUUAGAAUUCCUGUCGGCCCGGAGACCUUGGGUAGGAUUAUGAAUGUAAUUGGUGAACCAAUUGAUGAGAGAGGACCCAUUUCAACGAAACAGACUGCCCCAAUUCACGCAGAGGCUCCUGAGUUCACAGACAUGAGUGUGGAGCAGGAAAUUUUGGUCACUGGCAUUAAGGUUGUGGACCUGCUUGCUCCUUAUGCCAAGGGAGGAAAAAUUGGUCUGUUUGGAGGGGCUGGUGUUGGCAAGACUGUGUUGAUCAUGGAGCUUAUCAACAAUGUGGCCAAGGCCCAUGGUGGUUACUCUGUGUUUGCUGGUGUGGGAGAGCGCACCCGUGAGGGAAAUGACUUGUACCAUGAAAUGAUUGAGUCAGGUGUCAUUAACCUGAAAGACACUACCUCCAAGGUGGCCCUGGUGUACGGACAGAUGAAUGAGCCCCCAGGUGCCCGUGCUAGAGUGGCUCUUACUGGUCUCACCGUGGCUGAAUAUUUCCGUGACCAAGAAGGUCAAGAUGUACUGCUGUUCAUUGACAACAUCUUCCGCUUUACACAAGCUGGCUCUGAGGUGUCUGCCCUCCUGGGUCGUAUCCCAUCUGCUGUGGGUUAUCAGCCAACUUUGGCCACUGACAUGGGUACCAUGCAGGAGAGAAUCACCACCACCAAGAAGGGUUCCAUUACAUCUGUGCAGGCUAUUUAUGUGCCUGCUGAUGACUUGACUGACCCUGCCCCAGCUACAACCUUCGCUCACUUGGAUGCCACCACUGUGUUAUCUCGAGCCAUCGCUGAGCUAGGUAUCUAUCCUGCUGUGGACCCCUUGGACUCCACCUCCCGUAUCAUGGAUCCCAAUAUUGUGGGUGCCGAGCAUUACGAUGUUGCCCGUGGUGUGCAAAAAAUCCUUCAGGAUUACAAAUCCCUGCAGGAUAUCAUUGCUAUCCUGGGUAUGGAUGAGUUGUCAGAGGAGGACAAAUUGACUGUGGCGCGUGCCCGUAAGAUCCAGCGUUUCUUGUCACAGCCCUUCCAGGUGGCCGAAGUUUUCACUGGUCACAUGGGCAAGCUGGUACCACUGAAGGAGACCAUCAAGGGCUUCAAGGCCAUCCUUGCAGGUGAGUAUGAUGCCCUGCCUGAGCAGGCCUUUUACAUGGUUGGUCCCAUUGAAGAAGUUGUCCAGAAGGCUGAGAAGCUUGCCGAGGAGCACUCUUAAAGAUCCAAAUUAUAAACUGUCCUGGAAAGGGGUUAGGAGCACUUGGUUUGUAAAACAUGUCAAAAUACCAAUCGUACCUGUCUUGUUCAUAUAAAGUUCUAUUUAAUGUUUCCUAAGAAAGGAUGAAAUAAAAGCGGUCUGUCCACAACA